UUUCUAGCUGGUAAAAGUAAAAAUAGAAUUUUACUAACUUUUUAAAUUCGGGUUUAAAUUAAACACAAAACAACUAAUAGGAUGCCGUACGGUUCUGGAAAAGAAGAAGAGCAGUCUAGAAAGUUGUUUGUUGGAGGAAUUAACCACGAUACAACCGACGAUGGAAUGAGCGCUUAUUUUUCGAAAUAUGGAAAUGUCACAGACUGUGUUGUGAUCAGAGAUAACGGAAGGUCUAAAGGUUUCGGAUUCGUUACGUUUGAAACAGAAGAAGAAGCAGACGCAUGUAUGGAUGAUAGACCUCAUACUUUAGAUUCCCGUACAAUUGAUGUAAAAAGAGCAGUUUCAAGAGAAGAGUCGUCAAAACCAGGAGCGCACGUUCAAGUGAAGAAGAUUUUUAUUGGAGGCGUGAAGGAAGGUUGUGAUGAAAAUGCUCUGAGAGAAUAUUUCAAUACUUUUACAGGAAACGCGAGGAUUGAGUCUGUUGAAAUUCCGUUGGAUAGAGAAACAACGCGACCAAAAGGUUUUGCGUUCGUAACAUUUGACGAUUUUGACGUUGUGGACAAAUUAGUCGCUAAACGGAUCCAUGAGAUCGGAGGGUUUCGUUGCGAGGUGAAAAAAGCUCUUUCGAAGCAAGAGAUGGACAGAGCGAAGCAAGAUUUGGAAACUAGACAGAGCAGAUUUGGAGGAUCUAGGAGCAGAGGAGGAGGAGGUGGGAGAGGAGGAGGGAGAGGGAGGAAUAGAGGUGACUAUGGAGGCGGUUAUGGUAAAGGGUAUGGCGGGUACGAUGACUAUGAUGAUUAUGGUGGUAACUUUGGUCCAAUGCGUGGUCAGCAUGGACAGAGGUCCAGUGGUCCCUAUGGAAGUGGGUAUGGUAGUUAUGGCUCUGGUGGCAGGGGUGGUGGUUAUGGUGGUCGUGGUAAUGCCGGUUACGAGGGGGGUUAUGCUAACGAUGGUUACGGCGGUGGUUAUGGCAACGAUGGGUACGGUAACUACAGCAACGGCGGAUACGGUGGUGGUAGUUAUGGCAACAGUGGUUAUGGUGCUGGUGGUGGUAACUAUGGCAACGGCGGUGGAAAUCAAACUAGUGACAGUGGUUACGGUAACUAUGGCAGUGGGUACGGUAGUUAUGGAAACAGUGAAGGCAAAACUGGACAAUAUUGAAAUUUCGAAAAAAACUUUUCCUGAAUAUUUUGAAGCGGUUUCUACACAUUGGUCUAAGCUGCAUAAACUUGGCACAGAUUUGAUUUUUAUGAUUCUCUUCUUUGGUUUUAUAUCUACUAGUUUGUCUUUCUCUCCAUACAAAUUACAAGGUGCAUCGGGUUUCAAUUUUACCGUUUUAAAACUGAUGAAAACUUAACUGUAAUUGUUAACGUACGCAUGGUGUGUUUCUGAAAAGUGAAUAUUUGGCCAAAUUUUGUACAUGCCGAUUUAUUUCAAUCAUAUAUUGUUUAAAUUUUUUAAACAAUAUUUAG